UGAUGCUAAAGUACUACUCCGCGAAGCGAAGCAUUCCAGAAACAAACUGUCUAAGUCGAAGUGUCGAACACCCACCGAGCGAGCGAGCGAGAGCGACAUGGCGGCGGAGGCGUGGAGAUCGCGGUUCCGGGAGCGUGUGGUGGAGGCGGCGGAGCGCUGGGAGAGCGUGGGCGAGAGCCUCGCCACGGCGCUGACGCACCUGAAGUCGCCGAUGCACGCGGGCGACGAGGAGGAGGCGGCCGCCGCGCGCACCAGGAUCCAGCUCGCGAUGGGAGAGCUCGUGGACGCGUCCAGAAAUCUCGCCUCCGCGAUGUCCCUCAUGAAGGUGGCCGAGCUCCUCGCGCUCCACGGCGGCAGCGUCAACCCGUCGACGCAUCUGGGCGAGAUCAGCCUCCUUGGCGACCAGUACCUCGCGGAGCGGAACGCUGGAAUCAAGCUCCUUGAAGCCGGCAAGGACGCCCGAAAAGCGUACAUCAGUGUUGACGGGUGCCGCGGCAACCUGGAUGCGAUCCUCCUCCUGCUGGACCAUCCUCGUGUCCCUUGCGUCGACGACUUCAUCGAGGAGGAGCUCUUCGUCGCCGGCGAUAACCUCCAGGGCGCGAUCGGGAAUGCGAAGUUGGGCACCGAGAGGGCCGUCGGCGCCCGGCAGGAUGUAUCCGGCGCCAACUGAUUCCGUCGAGACUUCAUAUGCUGGAUUCCUCGUUGGUCUGUCGAUCUCUUUCUCGUGUUUGCCAUUCCACCUGUUCCUGCUUUAUGACCUGUUCGUGACGUCUGAUCGAUGAAUUCUGAAACAUUGGUUGAACAUAUUGGUUGAUUUUGUGCAGUUGUGCUACCUCUAUAUCGAUCCUCACCUGGAUUCUGUGGAUUUUUUUAUAAUGAAGUAGUGUUUUCUCAGAUA